CUCAAAUAUUUCAUUUGGGGAAAUUUUGUAACCUAAUAGGCUUGGGAUGAUCAGAAACCGUCAUAAUAGUUCUUGGGGAUCAUGCAAUAAGUCUUUUCUUCUCCACCAUCUUCUUGAUUAAGUAAUCUCCAUGCCAUUGAAACCCACCCACAUAGCCAUCCAUGGAAUACAGCAAUUGGGCUGAAUCGCUUCAAACCGAAACCCCACUCCCCUCUUUCCCACAACCCUCAUCCUCAUAUCCUCCUACCUAUUACCCCUCUUACCCUCAAAACCCUAACCCCUCUUCUUCUUCUUCUUCUUCUCUUCCCAUCAACCCUCCCGGGGUUGAUCCCCAAACACCAUUGAACCCUAUUAGCUAUGCGGCUCAUGAACCCGUUCCCGCUUUGAUCUACGCUCAGAGACUUGUUGGGGAUAAUUCGUCUUCUGGGUAUUGCUUGGACCAGAAUUGGGCUGCUAGAGAUGCUGUUAGGCAAUUUGGUACUGACCCUACUCUCUAUGCACCUGGCAUCUCUUUGCCAUCCAAUGGCUCAGAACAGUUGGCUAUGGCAAAUCCUAGUAGCUCUCUGUGGUGGACAAAUACCACAACUCUACCUCAUGUCAAUGGAAUACUGAAGAAGAACCAAAAGAAAGCUAAAACUAAGAUUGUGCAACCUGCAUUUUGUGAAGUUUGCAAGAUAGAAUGCACCAGCAAGGACGUUUUGGACCAGCAUAAAUUAGGAAAGAAGCACAAGAAGAACGUGGAGAAAUUAAGGGAAUCAUUGACACCUACCCAAGUUCAACCAUCUGUGUCAUCUAAGCCUUUAAUAGGACCCCAAUUACCGGAUGAUAAGAGCAAGUCCACAAGUGGGAAUAAGAGUAAGAGAAAAAAAGUUGAAACUGCAGAGGAUUUGGAGAAAAAGAAAAUGAAAGUUCUUGAGGGUGGGGCAGCAGCUUCAGCAGUUAAGAUAUGUGCUAUAUGUAACGUGGUGUGUAAUAGUGAGACAGUUUAUAACUAUCAUCUUGCAGGACAAAAGCAUGCUGCUAUGCUGAAGAAAGCAUCGGGCCAUAUGCAAUCCAGUGCCAGUUGAAUUCUCCCCUUUUUGUUUAGGAACAUCACUUGUUUUAGCACCUCCAAUCUGCAUUUGAAUAGAAUAUCAUCCAUUGCUUAAUUAUUAGUUUGAAUAUGAAAAUGGGCAGAAUAUAUAUACAUUUCUGCAAGUACAAAACCUUGCAAUGCCAACAGUUUUUCCUUUUUUUUUUUCUUUUUCUUUUGGACUAUUAGUGAAAACUAUCAAAUGAUCAAAAAGAUUUUUUUUUUCUGU